UUGUCGGCGCAGGGCUCUGAUGUGUCUUCUUUGAAAUUGAAAACAAAAACACCGGGAACUGAGUAAAAAGUUAUGUUUAUUGUGAAAAAUUGGAAUUUAUUAAUCAACACCCGACAAAUAGUGAAAAUUUCCUUACGUUCUAUGUCCGCCUCGUGUAAGCAGCAAACAAAAGAAUUGAAACCGGUGGUCUUGGGAGUGCCUAACAAAAUGCGCGACAAUCCGGCUGUGAAGAAAAUUGAUACUCCAGAAUUUAGAAGCAUAUUCACGGAGGAACUAAGUGCUUUAGUGGAUCUAUUUAAGAAAUACAACUAUGAGUUGAGAAUAGCGGGUGGAGCAGUACGUGAUAUAUUAAUGGAUAUAAAACCGAAAGAUGUAGAUUUUGCCACCACCGCCACACCGGAUCAAAUGAAGGAAAUGUUUACCGCGGAAAAUGUACGCAUGAUAAAUGCUCGGGGCGAAAAGCAUGGUACCAUAACGCCACGCAUUAAUAAUAAGGAAAAUUUCGAAGUGACCACCUUGAGAAUAGAUGUGCGUACCGAUGGCCGCCAUGCAGAAGUGCAAUUUACUACCGAUUGGCAAUUGGAUGCCAAUCGCCGGGAUUUAACUAUAAACUCCAUGUUUUUGGGUUUUGAUGGCACGGUGUAUGACUAUUUUUAUGGUUACGAGGAUUUGCAGCAGAGAAGGGUGGUUUUUGUGGGUGAUGCUGCAGUACGCAUACAAGAGGAUUAUUUGCGUAUUUUAAGAUACUUUCGUUUUUAUGGUCGCAUAGCUCGAGAACCUCAUCAACAUGAUGAGCCUACUCUAGAGGCCAUACGUCAAAAUGUGGACGGUUUAUCACGCAUUAGUGGCGAAAGAAUAUGGUCAGAAUUGCAAAAAAUUGUAGUGGGCAAUUUUGCUGAGGAAUUAGUUUUGGAAAUGAUUAAUUGUGGUUUGGCCCCAUAUUGUGGUUUACCUCAGGAAGUAAAUCUGGAAGAAUUUAAAAGAUUGUCGCAGGCUUUGAAAAUUUUCGAAAAACCUCAUUAUCCUAUUUUAAUCCUAAUAUCUCUAUUGCAUUCGGUAGAAGAUGCCAUGAAAUUGCAUGAAAGAUUAAAGCUUUCGGCCUACGAACGGGAUUUAGCAUUGUUUAUAACCCAACAAAGAGAUAAGGUUGAUGUUGAUUAUAAAACCCUAAACGAUUAUCAAAUUUUAUGUUUGCAACCUUAUGCAAAACGUGAAUUCGUGGAGGAAUUAUUAAAAUAUAAAAACAAAAAGGAUUUGUAUAAUUCACUAAAAUCCUGGAAUAUGCCUAAAUUCCCCUUAAAUGGUAAUCACUUAAGAGAAAAGGGUUGUGCUGCUAAUAAGAAGAUGGGACUUAUACUGAAUCAAUUGAAACUUAUUUGGGCAGAAAGUGAUUUUCAGUUAACAGCUGAAGAAUUACUGGACAAGCAUUUACCAAGUGUGAUGGAAGCUUUAAGCUCACCUACUAUGUCACCCAAUAAGAAAUUAAAGACCAGCAAAUAAUACUUGAGCAUUUGGGAUGUGUAAGUAGUAUAACAAAAAUAAUUUUAUUUAAUUCAUGUGUUUUAUGUGUUAUUUUUUAAAGAAAAUCUGUAUGGGUCUUUUGAAACCCUUUUUACAAUGA